GUGUUACAAACACAUGUGACGUUCAAUUGACAGGUCGUCCGUUUUCGUUAAAUCUUUAAUUUUGGUGCAAGCAGAAGUGGUUACUUAGUGAAAUUAUCACGAUUAUGAGUUCUAGCUCGGGCAAAAAGAGCGAGGAGCCAUACAUUCUUAUCGAUGAAAACUUCAACCCAAAAAAAGCGUGCAAAAAGCUCAUGGAGUUUUUCCGGGUAAGCAGGAAAUUUCCAGUGAUUGGGUUGGAUUGUGAGUGGACACAAUCAAAAGCACCGAGCCUGUUGAGUGAAGAGAUAGAUGAAGUACGGAGUAGCAACCCCUUGCUCAGUGCUGCCAAGCAGCCCAACAUCAGAAAUCCUGUGGCCAUUCUGCAACUUGCCACCAAGGAUGGCCCGACCUUCAUCAUCCGACUGCGGCAGAUAAUUACCCUCACAGACGAUAAUCUAGACUGGCAAAUUUUCUUAAUUCGAAUCAAAGAUUUACUGAAGUCAACCGACGUUCUAAAAGUAGGCGUGGCGAUCCAUCUCGACACAUCCCGCCUGCUCCACGACUACCAACUGCACACUGCCAACUGUUUGGAUCUGCAGCAUAUUGCAGCUCACUACAAAUACCCAAAAUCAGGCUUGACUUAUCUAGCCAAGAGGCUCUGUGACAUAGACCUCCCAAAAUUUAUUGCUUGGCAAGUCGAUUGGGACGGCCCUGUUCUGUCUCCUGAGGCUCUUAGAUACGCCGCCGCCGAUGCCAAGUCGGCCGUACUUAUUUUCGAAAAGUUCCUCGAGCAAAGUGUCCAGGAAACUAAAAAGAAUCCUAGUCCAGUAAAUAAUUGUGCAGAUUUUAUAAAUUUGUGGCGAUGUAAAAUUGAUGUGGUCUACCGUUACAAAGGCCCGCCGAGUCCUGAUAAAGAAAAAGCAAAAGAUGGAGACAGCAAUUCGGAAGGAGAUGCAGCAGAAGAGAACGCAGAUGUAACAGGAGAUGUCACUGAUCCUUUACCUCCAAUACAUCCAGCCCCUACAAAACUGUUAUUAGGCAAUCCUGAGAAUGACAGCAGACGUAGAGACCUGAAGUACAGAACAUGCUGUACACGAGCUAAACAUAUCUUCCCGCAUCCUAAAAUGACGAUCUGUGUGCUAAUCAUAAUUCUGGCGCUCCUCAUAUCAAUUACUAUAAUUGUGUGUAAAUUGAACCAAAAUUGUUUUUGAGGUAUUCAAAACAAGAGGAAUAAUAAACACUUAACAUUUAUUUUAACAUUAUUGCAACUUCAGAUCACAAUAUUUAUAAAUAUACAAUUGACAACA